AUACAACACGUUAGCCAUGGAAAGUCAAUGGACGAACAAUAAAAUCUUUGAUAGACAAUUGUUAUUUAACAGCAAACUUCUUAAGUUGUUUAUUUGACUCUCAUGACCCUUUUAAGUAAUUACAUUUGGAACUCAAUGCGACGUCACGCCGCAUUCAGAGUCGUUCGUAAAACUUUACAUAUGGUGGCUAACGUCCCCAUUACGACUCACUUUUCGGUGAAAAAUGCUUACUAAUUCAACACGCUGAAACUGUAAGCCACGGACUCACAAUAUCGACACCUUUAGAUCUCUAAACACACCAAAAAAUGAAUGACACCACAAUUAACGUCUGUACCUGAAGGCAACUUGCGGUCCAGAGAGGUCACCUAGCAACAAGUCAAAGCAGAAUAACCAGAGAACAUUCUAGCUAACAUUAGGUCGGCUAAUUUAGGACAUUUAACAUCUCAAAAUCAAUGCAAGUAACAUUUUUAACAUGGAUGACACAGCGUCCCCCCAAGAGAGCAUAUAUAAUUAUUUAAUAGAGCAGGUUGACCCUGAAAAAGCACCAAGGUACACGUCCAAGUUUAGGCCCAAAAUUAACAUGCAGGCAAAGUUGAUCAAGAAUACAAUGAAAACAAUGGGACCGGCAAAAGUUGACGUCCCGUCUCCGGAUAAAUACCUCAAGAAGCAUUCCAAAGAAGCACAACUGCCUGAAAGUGAGUUUUCUAACCGUUACAAGAGAUUGUCUUGUUUGACUUAUUGUCCCACUAACUCGUGUCCUGCAGAGAAAGAGGGAUGUCGUCGCACGUGCACUGCAAAGAAACCCCCUAUCCCCUCAAGGACAGAACACCCACCUAUGGGCAUCCACACUCAGAGAAACUUCAUGAAGACAACUACAGCAGCGCCCAUGAAACCACAGCCUGCUUCUGUUGACACCAACCGGGGUCACAAGGAGCUCCUUGAACAUUCAGGUCUCAUCCCCAAGUACAUCAAGAAAAAGGAUUAUGGCCAGGUGCCUGAGUAUUUGCAGCAACGCAGUGAAGAGAAGCAAAUCAAUGUGGAGAAGUACAACAGGUAUCUGAAGGAACAGAUGGAGCUGGGGGCCAUGAAGCAGCUGUCUGAUGAGGAGCGACAACUCAACCUGCAGAGCUUGAAGAGGACAUGGGCUGAGCUGCAUCAAGAGUACCAGCGCCUCCCGCUUUUCAUCGACACCCUGCUGAGGAAGACCCGCAAGGAGCGGCUGGAGGCGGAGAUGCAGCAGCUGGAGGGAGACAUUGCCCUCUUUGAGAAGUUCAAGACCAUCUACAUAGCAAAAUAGAAUCACACAUGAUAGACCUCCAGCUUCCAUCAAGGCUAAACCAUCCAAAUUUGGAGCUGCACCUUCCUAGAUAAUGCUAUAUCUCACAUUUUACUAACGUGACAAUGUUACAGCAAUGGAUAUGCUUGAGAGUGGUCAGUGUACAGCUUGAAUAGCUUUCCGAUCUACUGAAAAUGUGUCGUCAAACUGCCAAAUACAGUCUCAAUACCUGGCAACACAAGUGAGUAGCAAGAUAACUGUGGUAGCCCCAUAGUCUCGGGCUGCACGAGUGCUGCCAGAGCUGUGCUUCCUUGAGGCAUGAAUUCCAACCUGUACUGUGACAUUGUGAACUUCCAUCCUCACUCACACCACAAUAAAU